AUGAAAGGGAAACUUUCAAAAGUGAAGAGUGAAGGCCCCAAACUGGUGCCUUUCUUUAAAGCCACUUGUGUCUAUUUUGUCCUCUGGCUGCCAACUUCCAGUCCUUCCUGGUUCAGUGCCCUCAUCAAAUGUCUGCCCAUCUUCUGCUUGUGGGUUUUCCUCCUGGCUCAUGGAAUCAACUUCUUAGUCGUGCACCGGAGUGCCAGUCGCAUCCUGGCAGGACUCAUAUUCUCGGCAGUGGGAGACGCCUUUCUCAUCUGGCAGGAGCAGGGCUACUUCAUUCAUGGUCUGCUGAUGUUCGCCAUCACACACAUCCUGUACUCCUCAGCCUUCGGCAUGAAGCCUUUGGACCUGAAAGCUGGCCUGUUGAUGGGCCUUGUUUCCAGUUCCUGUUAUGCCUUCCUGUACUCCUACCUCUCGGGCCCAUUCACCUACUUGGUGGCAGUCUACAUCGCCUUGAUUGGCUUCAUGGGCUGGCGAGCUGUCGCUGGCAUGCAGCUCUGCAACGACCUCUGGACGUGGACCAAGCUCUCGGCCUGCAUCGGCGCGAUGCUUUUCAUGGUGUCGGACCUGACCAUUGCAGUUAACAAGUUCUGCUUUCCAGUGCCCUACUCACGCGUCAUCAUCAUGGCUACUUACUAUGCAGCCCAAAUGCUUAUUGCACUGUCGGCUGUAGAGAGCAGAAAUGAAGAGGACUUUAGAAAGAGGAACUAGGUGGAGUGCCAAUAGCUUGUGGACAGUGUGGGUUAUAUCUCAGGUGCUGUAGCUGCAUUCACCCCUGAGAGAGAUCUCCAUUUCUCUAGGCACACUGGUGAUGCUGAUUUUGCUUCUUUGAAGCGUUACCUUUGGGGCUUUUUUCCAGUGGCUUUCUCUGACUACUGCUUACUUCAGUGUGGAGUCCACAUCAGAAAGCUUAGACUGUCCCUGCAGUAGCUACUCAUUCAACUUUUCCUCUUUGGAAGUGCUGUACUACUGCAUUGUAUUUGUUAGUCCUGAAACUGAUGCUGAAUGUCUGGGAAGAGGGAGGAUGACGGAAAGGAGGUUUGGCAGUGCACUGUGCUAGGAGACUUGCUUUCAAUAGGGGGCAGACAGGCCCACCUCUCUGCUAAAGUCAUAGGUAAAAAUUAAUUUUGCUGGUAUUUUAACUAGUCUCUCUUUUAGUGCAUUGCAAACUCAGUACGUAAACUGGAGCUAUCAGAGCCUCUGCUGAAAGGAAGCCUAGAAGCAGAGUAAAAACAGCGCAUUCAGAUGAAGGUUGAGCUUUGGAGACAAUGGCAGCAUGUGGGCCAGCCCCCAGCAAAACCGGAAUGAAAGCAAAACACCAAGCAGAGAGGAGCACAUAGCAAGAGGUGUGCUGCGAUGCAAUGCUGUGUGCUUUGAUCACAGCUGAUCACUGCUCCAGAGCAGGUCUGUUGUGUCUCAGUGCUAAUGUGUGGCAGAACUAGGAACUUCAGGGAAAUCUAUGUAGCCAGGCCAGCGUGUUCUCCCUCUGCCACGUGUGCGCAGUUACAUGGUGUCAGCAGCCACCAGUGACAGCUGAGAUGUAACGGGAACACGAAGAACUGUGAUUUUUACAGCAGGACUUUGAGGAUCUGUCUUACUAAGUGUCUCCUUAAUAUGGCAGAUAGGAAUCUAACCUUUAUGCCUUUCUUCCUCAUGAUUUUAAUGAAUAAUACUCCAUUUACUCGUUAAGCUUUUACAGUACUGCUGCUUGCAGUAUUGCUCCCAGAUCUCCCUGCAAGCACUUUCCUUGUCUGAUGGUGGUUAUUCAAAGCCCUCAUUUUGGUUGUAGAUGGUUGUUGCCUUUUGCCAACUAGUGGCACAUGAUCAGCUUUGCACCACUUGCUUUUUUUUUUUUUUCAGCAGAGCUUCACAAGAAGCACUGUCCUGUGUGCUCCAAGCGCGUGCUGCUUCCUUCUUGUACUGAUAUGAAGGCAGCAAGAAUGUUGGAGCCAUCAAGGUUGGGAAAGCCUAUAUAAAACUGAUCCAAAUUCUUUGUUCAGUUUGUCCAUCUGCUGAAGCAAGAUUACUUCUGACUUCAAACUCUCUUAAAAAGAUACGGAAAGAGGUCACUCUGCUGAUUAAACCAGGUUCAUUUGUGAUCAUAUUUUUUCCUCUGAUUUGGGAUACCUUACAGCGAGCUCUAUUUCUGUUUCAAACUAUCUAUCUUGAAUGUGUUCUUUCUUUCAGUCCAUCCCAGGGCCAUUUCUGUGGACUGAGAUGCUCCCCUACUGGCUUGUUUCUAAGGCGCAACUAGUGCAUGAGGUGUGCAAAAGCAGUUUGAUGAGGGUUCUUGCACCUUUUCAAACCAAAACAACUAAAACAGACUGCAUGACUCAAAUCCGCGCGGGCUCCAAUAACCCGUUCAGUACACUCACACGGGCAGAACAAACAGGAGGAGCAACCCUCCAAAGUGUCCUCAUAGGCUGCAAAUCACUGCUGUCUCCAUAGCUAGCAUGCCUGAACCAUUCCAGUCAAAAGCCUGGCACUGAAUCCCUGGAACAGUUGUCGGAGCAGGAAUUCCUCUAUGUGAGGUAGUAUGGCAGGGUCAGGGGGUAGUUAAGGGAAGGUUACUAAACCUACUAGGUUUUCCAUCAGUGCUGAGAGGUGCUAAGUGGGUUUCAUGCACCUCCCCAGCCUUGCACGGUGGGAUUCAGGGUGGAAUAGCCAUUCCCUACCCAGGACUCUUAUGCAUUAGUUCAAAUACAGUCAGUAUUACAAAAAAUCUAGGUUAACUGUCCUGACCCUGUGGCAUCCUCUGCUGCUUUUCAGACAGAGAUCAGAAGGUCAGCUGCAUUACUGAGAGGGAAAGCAUUGUAAAUAGCACAGGUCCAUGUAAUCUCUUCCUUUAAUGUUGUUGUGUAAUAUUGUCAGUAUGCAUUCACUGCAGCACCAGGGACUGCCUGGAGUAACCUGCUAAGGGAAUUUAGAGCCAUACAACAUUUUCAUUCAUCAGUAUCAUUAUUUCCUGGCCGCAGCGUGAACCCUGCAUUGUAGCUCUCUGUGGAGGUCACCUGCUGCUACUCAGCUUGACAGUUUGCAAAUCUCUUCCUGCAACAGACUGACCCAGCUAAGAGGAAACUGAGCAUUUGGGGUGAGCGCCACCAUGCUCCCAGGGCAUAAGCAAACAGCACGUUUCAGUCUGAUUUACAUCUCUCUGUCAUGGGUCAUUCCAGCACACUGAACCCUUGCUUGUCAGUUUUCCAGAGGAACCCCCUGGCUCUCCUUUGCUUUGAAGAAGAUGGGUAUGUGUUAAAAAGUAACCUAUUUAAAAGUUAGAAUGCCAGUCUGAGCCAUUAGCUUUCUCUUCCCUAGAAAUUAGAAGUCAUCCAUUUUCUGACGGUGUCUCAGUUGCUCUUCUGCAGUCUUUUUCAUCUUGGCUUCCUUUGCUAUCCUGCUCUACUGUCAGCCACUGUAUACUUCAGGGAAAGCUCUUCUAAAUGUUAAUAGGAAACCUGCCCUCUUGAUGAAAAGAUUCUCCACUCAUCGUCAGAGGUGCUCUUUGUGGCAGCUGAGGUCUCUGGGUGGAUCUAGCUAGAGCGUGCUCCUGCCCGUGACUGCGAAGCACAGCCCUCUGCAUAGGAAGUCAAAAAGAGUCCUGGGUUGUUUGGAGGUUCACCAGCUAAGGCUCUUAAUCGCCAAUCUCUCUCUCCUACUCUGCAGUUCCUCUUUUAAUCCACAUUACUUGAAUGAAACCAUUUUCCUGGAGGCUGUCUUUCCUGCUAGGGAGAGGCCAGCUGCUGUGGACACUGACUUGACACAAUUCUGAUUUUCAUAAACCUUGAGAAACACUGAGUGGUUGCUGACAGUCUGUUAAACAUCUUUGGGCGGGGGGGUGCAUGUGUGAAAACACUUCCCUUUUCCACUGGUGAGGGCAGUCUUCAGUUCGAAAGGGAGUAAACAAAAAAUGGGGACCGCAUGAUUGUGGCAUUGCCAGGCCUUUCUGGACCUUCCCAUUGCCCAUUUAUGCACUGUCAAACUGAGAAGUUUGUUCUGUUCUUCCCCUCUUCCUUUCAAGGACCCAGUCUUUGAGGCGCACUUGCUCUUUGGCCCAGGGACUUUAGAUAGAGGGGACAAAACACCCCCCGUAUGUGCUGUGUGCCUGGUCCCAGCAGUAUUAGCUCCUUCACUUGCUAAGUACAGAGGCUUUCUUUUUACUAUACUGUACUCAAAAGCCCCUCUGAAAUUCCCAUCUACAGUUAUUUGAGGUUAUGAUGCAGUGCAAUUACUUCUGUUCUCUUUCAUUACCAUAGUUAGCACCCUUUGGCUUCUUAUUUGGAAAUGCAAAAGUUGUGGCUAAUGUAUGUCAGCCAUAUACCUCUCUCUGUAGAUAGAUCCUCCUUGUCUUUGCUCACACAAAACUCCCCAUGAACUCAAAGAAGCAAUGCUUAUCACAGCCCAUUUUUAAUGAUAGUAAUGCUACCGGGCUGUGCCAGAUAUAUUAAUGUCAGUAGUGUGAAGCUGGUGAAGAAAUGGCAGGGUGAGAAGCCAGAGGAUUUUGAACAACUGUAUUCCCACCUUGGCACAAAAGCUGUGCUAGUGCUUAAUACCUGGCUUCUUACCCUUCCAUACUGAGGCAACUGUAAGACCUGAUUGAUUUAAGAUUAACUCUAAUGUGGCUUUGAAUGAGAUUGCUGAAAAUGCCAUGCUGCCAGCAGUGGAAAUACACACACACACACACACACACACACACACACACAGAAUUCCCAGGACAAAAUUUCAAGGAUUUUUAGUCUUUCUUCUAAAUUUUCUUGCUCCAUAGUUUGUCACUGAGACCUGUAUGUUUUCAGCUUGUUUUCAUGGUAAUUUUGGGGGUUGUAAUUUUGGGGGUUGUUCUGGAAGAAACAGAUCAUAGCAAAGAGCAACUGUAAAACUCAGUGGCAGGUGCCUCUUUCUCUUUGCUGGGUUUCUGGAUGCAGACAAGGCUGUCUUAAGCAGAGGCAGCGUAACUGUGAUCUCCAAACGGGCUGGGAAAUUGCCGGCUUCCCGUGACAAAAGUCCUCCCAAGUACUUCUCCUGCCUUUUGUCCAUGCAUACUCCUUUUGUGGCCUUGUGUGUGUCACUUAAAUUUUCCGCGGCCAGUUCCUCAUCUGUUGUAAAUGGGCAUCAGUGUACGCAAAUCAGAGCUAUGCCAGGUUGCAACAGCAGGGGACCAGGCCCUCUAUGUCUUAUCUCAUCCCAUUUCUAAAAUGGGGAUAUUAACACAUACCUACCUCACAAGGAUGCUGUGAGGAUUAAUGCUCAUACAGCACUUUGAAAAUGUAAAGUGCUAUAUAAGUCCCAAGUAUUAUUGUCAUAUUGUGUUAAAAAUGCUUCUAGGGAGUUGCAGGACUUCUCUUAAAAGCCUGGAAUAUGUGACUGCCUUUUUCAUUUAUACCAGAUGGAAAGCAAAUGCAAAAUAUUUAUUCUUAAUGUCUAACAGGAUGGGCUUGGUCACAUUUGAACUUGGAGGAGCGUUUCGCUUGAAAGUCUGAACUCUAAUCUCAGUUUUGCAAAUAGUUUUUAGUUCUUCUAAAAGUCUCAACCAAAUCCUUAAGAUAUGAACUUUGCAUCCAAAUUUUGCAGUCAGGUCUCAUCCCUGACUGUUAGCAAGAAUAAAUCUAAUCCAGCCAAAAUGCAGUGCUCUCAGUCAUGACUGUUGAAAAAACUGGAACAGAAAAUGAAGUUAUUCUGUUUGACCUUCAUUUUGCAGAAGGUCAGCUCAGGUUCAUGGGGCAUCUUACAAAGGGAUGUUUAAUUUCUGUGCUUGUAAAUUUCACUGGCUUUAAAACCAGCCGAGAGGGAAGGCCUUGACGGAAUCAGUAAGGUCAGCACGUCCUUCUUGGGAUUAUUUCCUUUUCACCUGCAUGGCUCUGUAGAGAAGGAAGUGCUUGUACCAUCAGUCCUAUGGCCCAGGACUUUGUAGAUUAUAAAUACAGCUCUAAACCAUGUUCUCAGCUAGUACAAAAAUGCCCCAGUUCACUGAUUUCAAAUCUGGUUCCGCAUCUAGAAAGUACUUGAUUCUGGUAGCGCUAGCUGCUCUACAAACACAAAUGAAGGCAAGCAAUGACACACCAAGGAACGCGAGUUGUGUACAUAUGAAACGGACCAUAAUUUCGAAGCAGCUGCAGUAAAAUCUUAUCUUAAUAUGAACUCCGAAGCAAAUACAAUGCAAAUUUUUGUUGUUUCUUUAAAAUGUUUGAUGGGUUUUAGUUUUCUUAGUUUGGAGGAACUUUUCUCAAUGUUAUUUUAUUUUUGCUCUUACUGUAAGAAAUAAAAAUGUACAGCUCUAGAUAGACUAUAACUUGUAAAAAGGUGGCCAGUUGGCAAGAAUGCCAAAACUUCUGUGGCUUGUAUUGUUUCUGUGGUGACACUAUGCUGCUGUAGGAUGAGCUACUGGAGUGGUGCGAUGAUGGUACAACAGUGAGGCUGAAGCACAAGGCCCACUGCAGACCCUUACAGCCAGUCCUAUACAAGAGGGAUGCAGGGGCCGAGCCACUGAGACAGCAGCGGGAGCACAACUGGGCCACUUUGGAUUGGUAAAAAGAGAGAGAAGCAUCGUCAGGAAAUAAACUCUUUUCUGACAGUUCAAAGGCAAAAGACCAAAUCUAGCCCGCUGGGUCAGACCUAGACCUUGCUCUUGCAGAUUGCUGCUAGGACCAGGACCUACAUUCACCAGGGGAGGCUUGCUCUAGGCCUACAGCGCUAGCAGGGUCAGGCCAGCAGAGCCUGGCCCUUAGCUAAAAAAAAAAAAAAAAUCCAACAACCCCAACC